GAGAUUGUCUCAAACUUCUUUCAACGUUCUCAACAGUGUAUAUAUACUGUGACAAAAAACAUCAAAAUGGAAAGGGGGGUUUUCGAAGCUGCACUAGAGGGAGAUGUAGCAACCUUAAAGAGGUUGUUACAUGAAGAUCCUUUGAUUCUGGAUCGAACCAUAGUGAACACUUAUUCCGAGACCCCAUUGCAUGUUGCAGCGAUGUUGGGGUACCAUGAUUUUGUUAAGGAAAUCAUUACAACAAAACCCCAACUCGUUAAGGAGUUGAACUCGAAGCAUUCCUCCCCUCUUCACCUCGCGGCGGCCAAAGGGCACGUUGAUGUGGUUAGGGCUUUGGUGUUAGCUGAUCCCGGGAUGUGUAAGGGCCGUGAUAGAGAUGGCCUAACUCCGCUCCACCUGGCAGCCAUGAAAGGAAGACUUGAAGUAUUGAAGGAGUUGAUUGAUGCAAUAAGGAAGUCUUCUAGAAGUGGAGGAUUGGUUGAUAUGAUGGGUGUGGAUGAUGAGCGGUUGGGAGAGACCAUUUUGCAUUUGUGUGUUAAGCAUAGCCAGUUGGAGGCGUUGAAGAUUCUAGUGGAGAUGAUAGGAGAUGGUGGUGAGGGUUUUGUGAAUCAGAGAGAUAGUUUUGGCCACACCAUUCUGCAUCUUGCAGUGGCAGAUAAACAAUUUGAGACUGUGAAGUAUUUGGUGAAGCAUACUACAAUAGAAGUGGAUGCUCAUCAAGACUUGAUUGGGUUAACACCUAUGGACGACAUUACUGCACAACUUCUUAUGCACAAGCAGGGACCUAAACAAGCAUCGCAGCAGCACAUAAACAACGACGGACAAAUUCAAAGCCCCCAGAGCCAACAGUCCAGAAACAAGAAGAAAAACAAAAGAAAAAAGCCAAAUAAUAAUAAUACCAAUAAGCCGCCAAAUGCGAAAGAGCACUGGGUUCAAAAAAUGCGAGACGCAAUAAUGGUGGCGGCUUCUUUGCUCGCAACAAUGGCGUUCCAGGCAGUUAUCAGCCCUCCUGGCGGUUUAUUGCAAACCAACGACACAGUUAUAAGAGAGUCAGAUAUCGAAACUCCGGACUUAAAUGGUUUCUUUUCUAUUACAAGAAACUCCGAUUCCUUUGUCGCCCCUGCACCGUCUAGUAUAAACGACGGCACACUGAUAAAUGCUAGAAUUGGGAAAUCCGUGAUGUCUUAUUACAAGCCGCCGGUUUAUAGUUUGUUCCUGGUGGCCAACACCACCAGCUUUCUUGCAUCUCUCAGUAUCAUACUGCUGUUGAUAAGCGGUUUACCGCUAAACCGGAAGUUGUUUAUGUACAUCAUGAUGAUCAUAAUGUGGGUGGCCAUCACUGGGAUGGGGUUUAGUUAUUUCCUCUGCAUAAACAUGAUUACUCCGGACAGGAAUAACAUGAAUAUAGGACUUAACUUGUACAAAAUUGGGGAGUGUUUGUUUGCAGGGCUUGCCGUGAUUCUUGUGUUAGGGCACACAAUUCAGAUCACAGUCAAGAUGCUAAAAUGGGUGUUCAGAGCAUUGAAGAGAAAGCCAAAGAUGAAUUCAAGUCGUUCUAUGGAUAUAGACUCUUGUAACGAGAUAUAUGUCACAUGA